GGAAAAUAAACAACAAUUUCCAUGUCCGCCAUUAUAACGCCACCGACGUACGUUUUUGAACUGGAUUGUCGUUGGUUUAGCUAAUUAUUGCUGCAUAGUAUGCCAGAAUAUUGCAUUAGUAUUAGUCAUAAGUUAUUAUUUGGCGUUUUCGAUGCAUCUUUUAUUACAUUUGAACGCGAGAGUAUGUGUAUAUAACACCGCGUCAGUGAAAUAUAUUACCGUUGCAUAUCUUCCUCUGUGCUACUAUUUGCGAAUAAUUUGAUGAAAAUGGACAUGGGAAUUGUUAUCUAUUAUCAGUGUAUGACUUGCAAGUAUGUUGAGGAACUAUUGUAAAUAUUUCUUAAGGACGCUUCCAUGGAAAAGCGCCAUUAUACAUGGAUCCGGAAGCACGUGAACAAAAUGGCUUUGGUAGAAAACACUUUUAAAAACUGACUUUGCCAUGUUGUGACCGAAUGCGGUGUGGGAUGUGCGGGGAAUUUGGGUUUCCCGCAGGGAAAAGAACGUUCCUUGAUCCAGAUCUAUGCUGAUGACUGGGAAGACUAUGCAAGCAGAAAUGACAAGAGCCAGUGGUGACUCUGUUGCACAGAGUCCAGUUAUGCAGAACUCUUCAAAUGAAUAUAAUUUCCCCAGUGACUCGGAGUCUUUAAAAAUGAAUGACUCUGAUGCCAAUGAUGCUGCUUCUCCUGCAUCCUCCUGCCCUCCUGGGGAGCAGUCAAAGCCAAGUGAUCGGCCAAAGGGACGCAAAACAAAUCAGCUCCAGUACCUACAGAAAACUGUUCUCAAGGCAGUAUGGAGGCAUCAGUAUGCUUGGCCUUUUCACAAGCCUGUGGACAUUAAACUUCUCAAUUUGCCAGAUUAUUAUGACAUAAUAAAGCAACCAAUGGACCUGGGAACAAUAAAGGAAAGAUUAGAAACAAAUUUUUACUACUCAGCAACCGAAUGCAUUCAAGACUUUAAUCAGAUGUUUACAAACUGUUACAUUUACAACAAUCCAAAAGAGGACAUAGUGUUAAUGGCUCAGGUUUUGGAGAAGCUGUUUUUACAAAAAGUGGCCCAAAUGCCACCAGAAAGUAAUAUUGCAAUUCAGGAGAAAGAGCUGCCUGCAGCUCCAAAGAAAACCCCUAAAGUCAAAGUUGCCACACCUCGCAACCUCAAGUCUGCCGUAACAACAUCAGUCCAACAGGCUUCAUCAAGUACUCCAAACUCUUUGACCUCUACAACGGCAUUUGUCCCCAGUUCCAUAGAAGUCAAUGCUCCGUCUCCUGCUAAUGUGACCACGACUGCUUCAGGGUCUGAGCCCGAAUCCAAAACUGCUAUUGCCAGUAGUACAUCCAACAUUGGAGGCAUGAUGGAUCACAAUGUUGUUCCUCCUGCUCAACCCACCAAGACAGUAAAGCGAGGGGUGAAAAGGAAAGCAGACACAACCACUCCUGUACUUGUGGCCUCAUCACCAGGGGAUCCGCUGUAUGAGCCAAGUCCCAAGGUGGAGAAAAAAAUUAUCAACUCUGUGAGCACACCUGUCAUGCCAGGGAAGAUCCCUGCUGUAAGGAGGGAGAGCAAUAGGAAAAUCAUCAAGCCCAAGAGGGAUCUGCCUGACGAACAGGUAGGUGAAAAGAGCCAGCAUGGUGGAAAGAGUAAAAAGGGGAAAAUGUCAGAACAGUUGAAGUACUGUAACAAUUUAAUGAAGGAGUUGUUUUCCAAAAAACACCAGGCUUAUGCCUGGCCCUUUUACAAACCAGUUGAUGCUGAUGUACUUGGUCUUCAUGAUUACCAUGAUAUCAUCAAGAAGCCUAUGGAUUUGGGAACAAUCAAAAAAAAGAUGGAAAGUCGUGAAUACAAGACAGCAGCUCAGUUCGCAGAGGAUGUGAGAUUAAUAUUUACAAACUGCUAUAGAUAUAACCCUACAGAUAGUGAUGUAGUUGUAAUGGCACGUAAACUUCAGGAUGUGUUUGAAGUGAAAUAUGCCACUAUGCCAGAAGAAACAGAAACUGGCAAUGGCUUAGACGACAGUGAUAGUGAUGAUUCAGACCUACCGGAGUCAGAGUCAGAGGAUGAGGAUAGUGAAGACGAGAGGGAACAAAAAAUUAAGGAAAUAACAGAAACGAUUAAAAAUUUACAAGAGCAGCUAGCAAAAUUGACAGAAGAGCAUAUGCAAAAGUUAAAAAUGAAGAAAGAACGCAAGGAGAGCAAAAAGGUUCGGAAAAAGAAAAAAGAUAGACCAAGUGUGAAAUCUGUGUUAGGGGAGACAGAGACUCCUUCAUCAAUGCCUAUCUCUAGUGUUUCUUCUAUGGUGCCACAAACAGUGGACACUUCUAAACCGGCAAAAACGCCGAAAAACAAAGCAAAUAAAAAAUCUCCCUCAGAAACAAAAAAGAAAAGGACUACUAACAAAAAUGUGACUAGUGCAAAGAAAACAAAAAAUUCUAAUUUAAUUGGACAACUGCCUACACAACCUGUACCCAUGGACAGUGAUGAUGAAGACAAUGCUAAACCAAUGACUUAUGAUGAAAAGAGACAAUUAAGUUUGGACAUUAAUAAAUUGCCAGGUGACAAGUUGGGUAGAGUUGUGUAUAUUAUUCAGUCAAGAGAGCCGUCCUUACGAGAUUCAAAUCCGGAUGAAAUAGAAAUAGACUUUGAAACUCUAAAACCCUCAACACUUAGAGAACUUGAAAGCUAUGUGAUGUCAUGCCUGAAGAAGAACAAAAGAAAACCAUACACAAGGAAAGAUUCGGGUAAGUCAAGAGAGGAAGCGCAGAAGGAAAAGAAACAGGAAUUAAAGAAACAGUUGGAGGAUGUUAAAGCACAGUUAGGGGGAAGUGCAAGUGCUAAGAAACCAAACAAGAAAGAAGAGAGUGGUACGGUGGAUGUAGUAGGUGGCUCAAGUCGACUGAGUGGCAGCAGUAGUAGUUCAUCAGGAAGUGACAGCAGCAGUUCUAGUGACUCUAGUAGCUCCUCAGACUCCAGUGAUUCUGAGUCAGGCUCACCAGAGAAAAAGACCAAAGGAAAGAAAAACCAAAAAUUCAAAACUCCUGAAAAGGGACAUGGAAUGAAGGGAGCUCCAGGGAGCCCUGCCAUGUCCCCACCCAUGAGAAUUCAUAUUGGAGGUAGCAAUACAGUGAUGGUGUCACCCCAGCCACAGUUGCAAGCCCCUCCACCUUUGGUUCACAAUGCCUCACAUUACUCCAGUCAGCCAAUGAUGCCCUCUGCACCCCUCACCUCACAACCACCCCCACUCCUGCACAGCACACAGACGACGGGGACUCCCCUACCCAGUAUCAACAAUCUACCAACACCCGUCAUUCAUCCCAACGCAGCAGCUAUGGAAGUGUCUGCUGUGAGGCCAAUGACUCAUUCGCUUCCACAACAACCUAGUCGACCUGUUGCCAUGGCAACAGCAAAACCAGUUGUAAAAUCUACCAUUCCAGCUGUUAAUCCCCCUGUUAUGGGCAACAAGCCUGCAGUUAUGGCAGUGUCUCCACCAAUAUCUAAUAACUCACCUCCAGAGCAGAAAUAUUAUCCAGACGCCAGACCAAUAUCACCACCAAUGGGAAUGUCCUUGCCAACCAAUCCCGUCAUGGAUCGAUCAAAAGACCUAGGAGCACCCAAGUUCUUCAUCAGUGAUGAUGAUUCAAGCAAUAGUCCCAAAUCAAGUCCAUCAAAAUCUGUGCCACCAGCACCCCCAGGGGCUACUGUCUCUGCCACAGGUGUGGGUGUAUCGUUUGGCGUUGGAGGACCAAGUCAGAUGGGUCAGCAUAACAUGAAUGAUGUGGGCAGAAAACCAGAACUUAGCAAAAGCUUGGCUCAGCAAGUCAAGAAGCAGGACGGUUUAAGGAUGAAAAAUGCUGCCUCAUGGAAUAGUCUUGCUGCUGGAGGAUCAUCUAGCUCUGUAAAGAAGACCAAUGCUAUGCAGACAUUUGAGCUUUACCGAAAGCAGGCAAAAGAAAAAGAGGAAAGGGAAAAAGCAAUUAAAAUGCAAGAAGAACAAAGAAAGAUGUACAAAGAAAAUAUGGAAAGAGAAAGACAGAGAGAGGAGAGGGAGAAAUUGAGAGAAAAAGAAGAGGAGGAAGCUUUAGACAUGGCUAGAAGAUCUCAACAAGAACAAGAAAGAAGACAGCAGAUAGAAGCCGAGAAAUUAGCUGCUGCAAAGGAGAGAGAAAGGAAAAAGGAGCAGGAACGCCGAAAACGGGAAGCGAUGGCACACAAAAUUGAUAUGAAUGCUCAAAGUGAAAUGAUGGCUGCUUUUGAGGAGACAAUGUGAAGAACAAAGUAUGGAGACAGAAGGACAACACCAAACACACAUACUACUGUAUAUAUCAUCCUCAGAAUCCUGUUGUGCAAUGAGAAACUGUGUCAUGUAUUCAUUUACAUCAGAGGCCAUUGUGCAUGUAUAGUGGUUGUAGUUGACUUGAAAUGCAGAUAUUUUAUAUUUUUGCAUGUUAGAAUUUAGUAAAUUAAUAUAAGACAACUGAGCCUCCAGUAUUGGUUGUAUAUAUAUCCCAAAGUUUCCAAUGCUGUGCUGGUUCAUAGAGAUGUACUUCAAUGUAAUAUGAUUAGAUUAUUUAUUUCACAUCAGUUAUUGAUGUGGUCAUUGUUGUUCAACAACACAUUGGAUUGCUUAUCUGCAGCAAGUAUUCAUUUCUCAUCUUCAAAGCAUUUCACUUUGUACCUUUCAAUUCAAUAUCAUCACAAAUCAAUGUAUAUUUUCUUCAGUAAGCAUAAUACUUCAUCUGCAAUUUCUUCAUUACUGAAUACUGAGUGAAUUGCAAUUUUUCAUAACGCCGGUUUUUUAAAAGCAAGAGUUGUGUGUGCAAUGUACACAGGCUCCUUAUACCAUCUUAAUAUCUGUUGUGCUUUUGAAGUGAGAGGGUGCUAUGUAUUAUAUUCUAUAGUUUUACUAGCAAGUUUUUUUGUGUUCAGAGAUUUGUGUUUAUAUAUAGGUAUGUAAGUGGGAAAUCACUGAAUGUUAUGAAAAUAAUGCCCGAACAUGUUCCAGUGAUUAAAAAAAAAACCCCAGAUAAUUAGCUUUCUAUGUAUCCUUCUUUUUCCUUUUUAUUUUAAAGCAUCAAUAUCAAUUUUGUAAAGAAACUUCUUUUUUUUACUUACUGGUAAUAUAAACCCAUAAUAAAUGCUUUGAAAUAGGUAGGGUGAGAAAGAUGUGAAUGCCAAAAAUGGUUCUUAUAAUUUGAUGAUAUAUUUAUUAUGUGGUAUUAGAUUAGUGGAAGUGAAUGUGGUGCAGUCAUCAUAUGGCCUUUGUACAUAUCAAUUUACUUGCAUCAUCAGUGAUCUUGUGCUUAAGAUUUCUCAUCUGUACUUAGAUUUUUAAAAAAAAUAAAAUAUAGAUCCUUAUUUUGUGCUGUUUCAUGUAAUGUGGUAUUAACUCUUAACGUUUUUUGUAAUGUAGUAAAACAGAUGUUGUAACAUGUAAACUACAUGUACUUCUUGUGAAUUGCUCUGGUUCAGAGACAACAAAUAUGGCCAGGGAUCUCAUAAAAAUUCAUUCCUAGUUAUCCAUCCAUCUGAAUAUUAUAUGUACAGUGUUUAAUAUACAUGUAUCUUAAGUUCAUGUGGUAAUCUCAGUCUCCACAGAUAGCUGUCGAGACUGGGAAACAAAUACAUUGUCAUCAAGAACAUUACUACCUGAUUGAUGUGUGUAUAGUUUUAAUAUUUAGUAGUGGACAGUCAAUUCUUUUCUAAACAUCAGUCAUUUUAUGAAACAAUCAAUUGUCAUUUUUUCCACAGAUUCCCUGCUUAUGAUGUAAAAUGACUAUCAUAUUUUUUUGUUAUGUGGUACAUGUAUGUACAACCAAAUAAAGAUGUCAACAUGAA